AUGGAUGUUGUGUUGAGCCCGUUGCGGCGUUUGGAUUUGACUGAACCCGAAAUGGUUGCACUGAAGGCAAUAAUUGCACUGGAUCCAAGUGCCGCCAAUCUUGCAUCUGAGUCAACUGUGUUACUAGCUGCUGCUCGUGGAUCGGUCCAGAACGCUUUGUACGCCCACCUCAGUAAUCGUCUUUCACCGGCUGAAGCAACAUCACGUUUCGGCAACAUUCUUCUCAUCAUUGCCAGCCUUUCUGUAAGUAUUUUGAUACGACUUCUUACUCGGAUUUCCAGAGUGGGCUCCAAUGAAUAA